AUGCGAUCGAUCACAAAAAGCGAUGUUUUCCCGACCUUCCAGACUUGGCUCGCCGAAGUGGAGUUAGAGACGAACGCGCGGUUGAGGAUCCUUCGAACCGACAAUGGCGGGGAGUACCGAUCAAACGCAUUCACGGAGUUCUGCAAAUCCAAGGGCAUUCGUCGUCAAUACUCUAUCCCUUACACGCCUCAACAAAACGGUCGCGCCGAACGUGUCAACCUCUCCAUCGUCGAGGGCGUCCUCGCUCUCCUUGCGGACGCCCGUCUGCCGGCCACCUUUUGGGAUGAAGCGGCUGCGUAUUUCGUUUAUUGCAAAAACAGGUGCUCACACUCAGCUUUGGCCAAACAGACUCCAGAAUCCGUUUGGAACGGCCAACGCACCACCGCCACCGCCCUCCACCCGUUCGGCUGCACAGCCUGGCUCACGGUCGCCCCGGACCUUCGCAGCAAGCUCGACCCCAAGGCCGCGCGCGUGAUCUUCACAGGUUACGACCUCGCCUCCAAAGCUUUCCGUUUCUUUGACCAUUCCAUCAACAAGAUUGUACUUGGUCGCAAUGCCACCUUCCUCGACGACGACUUCCCCGGCCUGCCAGUCACCACGCCCGUCGAUGCAGACGACACCGACCGUCAGUUCGUCGUUCCCGCCGACACGCCCGCCCCUGCCGUCAAGACGAGGACCCCACUAGUAAGGUCGGCGCACAUGGACGUCUCAUCCUCCCUUGAUGAUUCUGCCAUGAGCGCCGUGACGUGGCCCCAGGGUACACUGGCGGAACCUUACUUAAUUCCACAGAUACCGGAAUCGUCCUCGUCACUGUCUCCUGAGCCGUCCUCGUCACCGUCGCCCACAAACCCUUUGUCACCGUCGCCUGCGCUGUCACCGUCGUUGGCAGCGUCAUCGUCACCCUCGGUCUCACCGACCGACUCUGACUACUCCGCCGACCCUCUGGACCUCAUCGGCUCACAGACCCCGACUCGCCUUGGCCCACCGGACGUGCACCGCCCAGACUUCAGCACGUACCGUGAGCCCGCAUCGGCUGAGGAGUCGCCCGACGAACUCGACAUCAUUGGGCGUCACUCGCGCGAUGAAUCGCCGGGAUGAAAUCGAUUUCCUCACCCACACCACCGCGCCUUCAUCGCCACAGACGACGACGACCCCACCCUCGACGCCAUCGAGCCCGUCAAAUCGAUCACUAGCGACCCCCAGACCUGGCGCGAAGCAAUGUCCAGCGACGAGCACAACAUCUGGGCUGAGGCCGCCGCCGCCGAGUUCACCGCCAUGCGCGACGACUUCAAGGUGUUCACCAUCGAGCCUCGCUCAUCUGUACCGCCGGGCGCCACCAUCGUCACCUCCAAAUUCGUCUGGAAGACCAAGCGCAACGCAAGCGGUGAAGUCACGGGGCGGAAGGCACGUCUUGUAGCGCAGGGUAACGACAGCGCGACGGCAUCGACUUCUCAGAAACCUUCGCCCGUCGCCCGUUUCUCCUCCAUUCGCUGCCUCCUGGCUCUUGCCGCUGCCAAUGGCUACCACGUUCAUCAGGCCGACAUCGACAAGGCUUACCUCCACGGCGAGCUCGAUCAUGAUAUCUGGAUGACGACACCACGCGGUUUCGACUUCCCGAGCGAUAAGGUUCUCCGGCUGCGACGCUCAAUCUACGGUCUCAAGCAGGCCGGUCGCAUCUGGAAUCGUCACAUUGACACAUCACUCAGGAAUCUGGGGUACAAGGCAACAGGCACUGAUCACUGCAUUUACUCUCGCAUUGACGAUCAGCAGCGGCCUCACUAUAUCGCCUUGUAUGUCGACGACCUCCUCAUUGUCAGUCCAGCCCUCGACGAGAUCGAACGUGUCAUCUCCGGCCUUGAACAGCGGUACGGCGUCAAACGACUCGGCCCCGCGGAGUACAUCCUCGGAAUCCAAAUACGCCGCCUGGACGACGGUUCCAUUGCUCUAUCCCAGGAGCGCUACAUCAUGGACGUGCUGGCCCGUUUCCACUUCGACACCACGACACGCGGCACUACGGUGCCGAUGACGCCCGGCCUCUCGCUCACGGCAAUUCCGGGUCAGGGAACGGAGCGCAUUCGUUCGUGGUACCUACAGGCCAUCGGCUCCCUCCUCUACAUCUCCCUUGGCACUCGACCCGACAUUGCCUUCGCCGUCUCGUACCUGUCCCGGUUCGCCAACAACCCCGGCCGCCGCCAUUGGAUUGCCGUCAAACACGUCCUUCGCUACCUUCGCGCCACGUACCGCGAUGAGCUUCUCUAUGCCCGCGGCCCAGCAAAAGUCACGGGUGUGGUUGGUUAUUCUGAUGCGAACUGGGGCGCCUGCGUCGACACAUCCAUUUCAACGAUGGGCUACGUAUUUUACUUGGCAGGCGCCGCUGUCUCUUGGUCGUCGAAGCGUCAGACUCGGGUAGCGGAUUCCACCACUGAUGCCGAGUACCUGGCCUUGUCGCACGCGGGUAAGGAAGCGAUCUACCUUAACCAACUCCUCUCCGAGCUCCACGUUUGCCCAAUCGCUGCAGCUCACAUCUUCACCGACAACGAGGCCGCGGCCGCCGUCGCUCACGACCCCGUUCGCACCUCCGGCACCCGGCACAUUCGCCUCCGCGAGCAUUUUGUCCGUGACAUGGUCAAUCGAGGUGAUAUCUCUCUCUCACACGUUGGCACAGCAGACAUGGUUGCGGACGUAUUCACCAAAGCGCUAGGCCCCAAGAUUUUUGGUACACAUUGCUAUGCUCUAGGCCUCCGGACGCGACAUCCACGGCUCAAGUCUACCUCGCGUUCGCGUGGGGGGGGGUGUGAGGAAUCCACUCUCCGCUCGGCUCAGGACUUAGGUAUGAGACGUUCACCACUACUGUCAGGAGAGGUUGAGAGUCGAACAGAAGUGAUCUAUUUCAGCGUACCUAUGAGACGUUCACCACUACUGUCAGGAGAGGUUGAGAGUCGAACAGAAGUGAUGAGAAGGAAGCUAAGAAACAGAAAGGGGGGGGCCACGCUGGGAUAG